AUGUUUGGAGAAUUCGAUACAGAUUUAGAUUUGUUGUCGGUAUAUGUGGACGAUUUACUAAUAGCGUCACGUGAACCAAAUCUAAUUCACAAAUUUAUGCAGCAACUUUUAAAUGAUUUCGACAUUAAAGAUGUCGGUAAAGCCAACUAUUGUCAUGGAUUAGAGAUUCAUCAAGAGAAUGAUGUAAUUAUUUUGAAGCAAAUGGGUUACAUAUUAGAACUAUUGAGACAAUACGGCAUGAUUGAGUGUAACCCAGUAGCUACGCCGCCAGAAUGUAAUACGGUUUUUGAUAAAUCUUGCGAGAGGCUCGAUAAAACCUAUCCAUAUAGGGAAAUAAUUGGGGCUCUUAAGUAUUUGUCCGUUGCCACAAGACCCGACAUAGCUAAUACGGUGGCAAGAUUGGCGCAGUUCGUAUAUGAUCGGCCGAAAGCACACUGGAAUGCGAUUAAACGUGUCUUAAGGUAUCUUGCUGACACGGCAAGUAAAGGUUUGGUGUAUCAAAGGACAGCCCUUCCGCUUGUAGGUUACACCGAUGCUGACUGGAGUGGCUGCACAAACGGUCGUCGUUCUUAUACGGGCUAUGCAUAUUUGCUAAGCAAUGCAGCCAUUAGCUGGAAAUCACAAAAACAACGUACUGUCGCACAUUCGUCAACAGAGGCCGAAUACGUUAGUUUGACAGAAGCAGCUAAAGAGGCAGUUUAUCUACGCAGCCUCUUGAGAUUGGCACUAAAAAGUUUAUUGAUAUUACAAUAUAUGUAG